UGUGCAGCUAAAGAGCUGUUAACAUGGUCCACAACUACGGUGGUUACUUAUUCAGUUUUAGCAUUUUAUGUAACCUACAGUAUUCCUUGAGAUUAAUCGAAACACGAGCAACAAGACCGAUUGUGUUGGCGAAGCAGCAAACAGACAGCUAACGAACGGAGCUUGAUGUGCUGACACUGGAUAUUGAAUACUUUUCGAUGACUGCAAGUACGCAAGAGAUGGCUGACAUGAGGACAUACAAUGUAGUAAUUCUGGGAAUCGGAUUUUUAUUCAUUUUCACUGCUUUCACAACCUGUGGCAAUAUAGAACAAACAGUGGUGAAAAGUCUGGAUAAUGCUACUUUCACUGGAAGUGGGUACCACAGCCUUGGCAUAAUAUAUGGAGUUUUCUCUUUGGCUAACUUAUUAGCUCUCACUGUUGUACCAGUAUUGGGUCCACGAUUCACUAUGUUCUUCAGUGGAAUUCUUUACAGUGGUUACAUAGCUGUAUUCAUUACCCCAUCCACCUGGUCCUUUUAUUUCACUUCGGUGCUAAUUGGUAUCGGAGCAGCCCUGUUGUGGACCGCACAAGGAUACUUUCUGUUGGAGAACUCUGAUGUCACCACCAUUAACAGGAACACUGGAAUAUUCUGGGCUUUGUUGCAGUGCAGUAUGUUGUUUGGCAAUCUUUAUGUCUAUUUAGGUUGGAAAGGAAAAACUGAAAUUUCAGACCAAGACAGGAAGGUCAUGUUUAUCGCUCUGUUGGUCACCUCUGUGCUUGGAACACUAAGUUUCCUUAUACUGAGAAAAUCGCCUCUGCUAGAGGAGGAAGUUCUGCCUGAAGAGGAGGGACGGCCCUUGCUGUCAGUUCAUUUAAUAUAUAAGCAGCGAGCCACCUCUGCAAUAAUGGAGGCUAAAAAAGAUUUCAAGACGAUUUUGUGCCUUUUUCGCACAAAAACUAUAUUACUUUUAAGCAUCUGCAUGGCAUACACUGGUCUGGAGCUCUCUUUUUGCAGUGGUGUGUAUGGAACUUGCAUUGGAGCUACAACACAUUUUGGAGACGAAGCCAAGGCCUUGAUUGGGAUUUCAGGCAUUGUGGUGGGAUUUGGAGAGAUUGUUGGUGGAGGACUGUUUGGCCUUGUAUUGAAGAACAGCCGUUUCAGACGCACUUCUGUCGUCUUCCUCGGAAUGGUGGUGCAUUUUGUGGCCUUCUACCUGAUCUUCCUCAGCAUCCCAGAUGAUGCCCCAGUGGUUUUCCACACCAGCCCACUGCAUACACCGUAUAUGUCUCCCAGCGUGUUCAUCGCCAUGCUGUGUAGCUUCCUGCUUGGACUUGGGGACAGCUGCUUCAACACGCAGCUCUACAGUAUUCUAGGCUGCAUUUACAUGGACCAAAGUGCUCCAGCCUUUGCCAUAUUCAAGUUUGUUCAGUCUAUCUUUGCAGCAAUGGCAUUCUUCUACAGUGGUUACGUCCUGCUCAGUUGGCAGCUCCUGGUCAUGGUUGUCCUAGGCUUCACAGGCACCCUGUGCUUCUUCGUCGUGGAGAAGGCACAGAACACCUUAGCCGAAAGUCACAGCGAGCACUACAGCGGGUCCUGUGCACAAUCUCAGAGAGGAGUUGGACUUUGACAUUUCUGACGGUUGCUCUUCUCUGUCCCUCGUUCCCCUAUGUUCAUGUUGUUUAUAAUGUAAUUACUAGAAGAUUUUGUUAUGAUUGUUAUUAAUGCAAAGUUUAUGAAAUUUACACCUGGAGAAAUAUUUUAUAUAUAUGAAAUCAGUGACCUGAUGUUGCAGUUUUAAAUAAUUUUUAUAAUGACUUUUUAAUAAGUAAAUAUUAAUUUGUAUAGUUUUAGUUUGCCAAUGCUUUGUCUUAUACAAGUUAUUGGUUUGUUAAAAAUGAUAACAGCAUGUAUGUACAUAACAUUUUUAAUCAGAUGGAACAGUCAGCUCCCAAAGACAAAUGUAUAUGAAUGCCUUUUCACAGGUGUGAACAGUUGGCUGGCGUAAUGGGUGCCUCACCAUUUCCCAGUGUAAUGCAUAGUGUCAAACAAAAUAAUUCAGUAUUUGAGCCUGUUAAAGUCUUUAUGAAUGAUAUUCAUAAUUGUGUUUAAAAAGAUGUGUAGAAUUCCACAACAUAUUUGCCUCAGUUCAAGUGAUCAGUCUAGGGGACUGUUUCUGCUUAGUAGAACAAGAUUAUUUCUGAUUAGUAGAUAAGCAUCAUAAACUGUGAAACACAUUAAUAAUUUAGUUAAUGUGGCAAACCGAUUACUGAUAAUAUUGUAAUGCCUAAAUCAAGUACACAACGUCUAUGCAAAUGAUAAUUAAUCAUUUGCACCGCUAUAUUGUAAAUGUAGCUGUUUAUGUUUAGUAAUCUACCAUGGUAAUGUUAAUGUAUACACGCACACGCAGUUGUGCGCACGCAUGCACACGUGUGUGUGUGUGUGUGUGUGUGUGUGUGUGUGUGUGUGUGUGUGUUUAUCAAUGUUUCUUUUUGAUCUUGUUAACUGACAAUCAUUCAGGCUGAAAUUAAUAUUUUGUACAACUAUCUUAUUUCAAAAAAACAAAACAAAAUGCAUAUGGUAUAUAUUUGUGAUGGGUAUCUUUGUUUUGCUAUAUUUAUAUGAAGUAUUGCUUUUCGGUUUGUGCAGUAAAACAUACAAUAAAUAUGUGUCAUGAAGCAGA